AAGUUCUAACAGGUGGACGCGAUAGCUUGACGCUUGUCCGCUAACUUCAGCGUGGUCAGCCGACCGAAGUAUGAGAUUCCGCGUUGUGUCCAUUUUACCUCGGUGGCGUUAAACAGUAAAAGAAAAAAAAAUGGCGUCUCGGCUGUGACGAUAUAACCGUUUUUUUUUUUUUUUUGGGUUUAUGUUGAUUUCAGUUCGCGCGAAACGGAAACGCUUCCGUUCGAGAACAGCGAGGCGCUCCAUCCGUAUCCCUCGCCUCCUCCGCUAGCGCCCUGUGUGUGACGGGGCUUUCUGUCUAUGAUGUGAUUGCGAGCAACUGCCGUCUAAAAGGGGGAAGUUCUGGUCGACGUUAUCCCCGCCGGAUGGCCGCGGCACCGGCCCGUUACUGCUCGUCUCACGCCCGCGUGCUCCUGCUCCGAUAGCCGUUUGAGUUCCGCGUCGGGAGGGACCGCUACGUUUCGCUGGCGGAGGGAGAGAGAGAGAAAGAGAGAGAGAGGGGGAGAGAGAGAGAGACCGCAGCCACACACAGCACUUUAGUUCAACGUCUGAAAACAACAACACAAGAUGUCCUUCUUCAAUUUUCGGAAGAUAUUCAAGCUGGGGCCGGAUAAGAAGAAGAAGCAGUACGAGCACGUACACAGGGACGUGAAUCCGGAGGAGAUUUGGGAAAUCGUCGGCGAGCUCGGAGAUGGCGCUUUUGGCAAAGUGUACAAGGCUCAGAACAAGCAGAACGGGACCCUGGCGGCUGCUAAGGUGAUUGACACAAAGACGGAGGACGAGUUGGAGGACUACAUGGUGGAGAUCGAGAUCCUGGCCUCCUGCGAUCACCAUCACAUUGUCAAACUGCUGGACGCUUUCUACUUUGAAGGCAAACUCUGGAUUCUGAUUGAGUUCUGUGCCGGUGGUGCCGUCGAUGCCAUCAUGCUGGAACUGGAGAGACCCCUGACUGAGCCCCAGAUCCGAGUGGUGUGCAAGCAGACGCUGGAGGCCCUGACGUACCUCCACGAGAAGAAAAUCAUCCACAGAGACUUGAAAGCUGGCAACAUUCUCCUCUCCCUGGACGGAGAAGUAAAACUCGCUGACUUUGGCGUGUCGGCUAAAAAUACCAACACGUUACAGAGAAGAGAUUCUUUCAUCGGCACUCCAUAUUGGAUGGCCCCGGAGGUUGUGAUGUGCGAGACGUCCAAAGACCGGCCGUACGACUACAAGGCCGACAUCUGGUCCCUCGGGGUGACCCUCAUAGAGCUGGCGCAGAUCGAGCCACCCAACCACGAAAUGAAUCCCAUGAGGGUGUUGCUGAAAAUCGCCAAGUCGGAGCCGCCCACCCUGAUGCAACCCUCCCGUUGGUCGUCGGAGUUUAAUGACUUCCUGCGGAGAGCAUUGGACAAAAACGUGGACAAUAGGUGGAGUUCAACACAGCUUCUGCAGCAUCCUUUCGUGACCAGCGUGACUGACAGCAGGCCUCUCAGAGAGCUAAUAGCCGAAGCCAAAGCUGAAGUCACGGAAGAGAUUGAAGACAGCAAAGAAGACGAGGAGGAGGAGGAACCAGAUGCUGCUGCUGCAAUCCCUGGGCACAAAAGAGCUCCAUCAGAUGUCAGCAUGGCCAGCUCAGAGGAGGACAAAGUCCCACCUACUCCCUCCACCCUGGAAUCUGUUACGGAAAAGACGGAGGCUGAGCCUGCUGAGGACCGCACCAGUGAUAAGCUCUCUGAUGAAGGACUCGGAACGAGUGAAGUUGACAAGAUGGAGGAGGAGAAGCUCAACGACGUUUCUGCCAGUAAUGAGGAUCUGGCCCCUGGACUAAUGGAGGCAAGCAAGGACUUGACUUCACAAGAUUCUGCCCAGACUAAAGUAGAUGGAAAUCAAACCGAGGAGAUUUCUGGUGAGACUUCAGUGUCAAGGCCAGAGGAACCUGUAGAUUCCCCAAGGUCUGCCUCAGAGGUGGAGGCAACGGAGAUACCGAAGGAGACGGAGAAAAUAGGAAUAGAGGAGGAAACCACCCCAGAAAUAAAAGACGAAAAGAAGAUGGAUCAAGAUAAACAAAAAGCAGAUGUAGACGGUGCUGAAGAUUCAGUCGAAUCUCAAGAAACCACUGAAGGUACAGCAGCACAAAGAGAAACUAAAUCAGAAGUACCAGAGGGCGAAGAAGAAGAAAGCAAAGACUUAAAUGAGGAGAUCACUGAACAGAAAGUGACAGAGGAUGGAAUCAAAAACAACAACAACGAGGCUGUUGAAAAGGUCGACGCAGAUAAUUUCCCAUCAGAUUUAGUAGACGCAAACAUAAAUGGAGACAUAGACGGCAAGUCUGGUGUGGAGGAGUCUUCUGCUAAAGCUGCAGUAGGAGACAAACCCCCAGAAAAUCAGUCAGAGGAGGCAGAGCAGCCCAAACAAGAAAAUCAGAGCAGAGCAGAGGAUGAAUUACAAGAGCAAGCACAGAGGGAGCCUCAUCAAGUCAGCGAUGACGUCAAAGUCAUGUCAGGAGUUUCUGACCCAAGGAUUAGCUGUCAGGAUGGCUCUGCUAAGGAAGAUGGAGAAAAAGUAGCUCAUGGAGACAAGAUCAGCUCCCAGGAUGGCAUCUCUGUCCAGGAGAGUGAGACCGAUUCAGAAAGCACGAUGGAGCAUGGAAGCCCCGCUGUGAUGAAGGCCGACCUGGAGAAGGACUCCGACUCUGGAAGCAGCUCUGCUGCCGACAGCAGCAGCCUCGACCUCAAUCUGUCCAUCUCCAGCUUCCUGUCCAGAAGCAAAGAUGGAGGCUCUAUAUCUAUGCAGGAGUCGCAGCGUUACAAGAAGACUCUGAAGAAGACCCGGAAGUUCCUGGUGGACGGCGUGGAGGUCAGCGUGACGACGUCGAAGAUAGUGACGGAUAACGACACCAAAAGUGAGGAGAUGCGGUUCCUGAGGCGACAGGAACUGCGAGAGCUUCGCCUCCUUCAGAAAGAGGAGCAAAGGGCCCAGCAGCAGCUGAGCAACAAGCUGCAGCAGCAGCGAGAGCAGAUCUACCGGCGCUUCGAACAGGAAACUACUGCGAAGAAACGGCAGUACGACCAAGAAGUGGAGAACCUGGAGAAGAAGCAGAAGCAGACGAUCGAGCGACUGGAGCAGGAUCACACCAGCCGGCUGCGGGACGAAGCCAAACGCAUCAAAGCGGAUCAGGACAAAGAGCUGUCCAAGUUCCAGAACAUGCUGAAGAACAGGAAGAAGGAGGCCAUUCAGGAAGUCGGACAGUCGCCCAAACACAUGAGAAAAGAGCUCAUGAAACGGGUUAAAGAGGACCUGUCGCUCCUCCAGACCGCAGAGGAGCAGGAGUUUCUGCAGAAGCAGCAGCAGGAGCUGGACGGCGCCCUGAAGAAAAUCAUCCAGCAGCAUAAGCUGGAAAUAGCCACCAUUGAGAGAGACUGCCUCAACCACAAGCAGCAGCUGCUGAGAG